AUGAGUGAUCCGGUAGAGCCAACAGACCUGGUCUACGUGGCUCAGGCUCAUGCUCCCCAGAUCACGGCAGAGACCCCCGCCAAAGAGAAGGCCAUCGAUGAGAAGACUGUCGACGAUAAGAAUGAAGACAAAGACGUCGCAGUGGUUUCCUCCUCCCUGCCUUCCUUCUACGAGGAUGGUCGCGAGCGUCCUACCGAGUUAGAAGAGCGCACUCUCCGUCGUGUUUCUGGCAAGAUCCCCUGGGUUGCGUACUCGAUUGCCUUUGUCGAGCUCUGCGAGCGAUUCUCCUACUACGGAACUACAGCUGUCUUCGCCAACUUCAUCCAACAGCCUCGUCCGGAUGGCUCGUCCACUGGUGCCGGCUACGGUGGUCAAUCUGGAGCGCUGGGAAUGGGUCAGAGAGCGUCCACCGGCUUGAUUACCUUCAAUACGUUCUGGUGCUACCUGAUGCCCAUCCUGGGUGCCUGGAUUGCCGAUGAAUAUUGGGGACGAAUGCUCACUAUUCAGGUCGCUAUUGGAUUUGCAAUGGCUGGGCACGUCCUUCUGAUCAUCUCGGCUCUACCUCCUGUCAUUGACAACCCUAAUGGUGCCUUGGGCUGCUUCGCAGUCGGUCUGGUGAUUUUCGGAGUUGGUGUUGGAGGUUUCAAGUCCAACAUUUCUCCUCUGAUUGCCGAGCAGUACAAAGAAACAAAGCUGUUCAUCAAGACAAUUCCCAAGACUGGAGAGCGUGUGAUCGAAGAUCCAGCCCAGACCAUCACCAGGAUUUUCCUCUACUUCUACUUUAUGAUCAAUGUCGGCUCCUUGGUGGGCUCAGUCGCCAUGGUGUAUGCGGAAAAAUACGUUGGUUUCUGGCUUGCGUUCCUUCUUCCCACCAUCAUGUUCGCCUUCUGCCCCGUGGUCCUGUUCUUCUGCCGCAAGAAGUACGAUGUUACACCUCCCACGGGCUCCGUUGUCGCGAAAUCCUUCAAGCUUUGGUCUUUGGCACUCAAGGGACGCUGGUCUUGGAACCCUGUUACAUUUGUCAAGAACUGCAGAUCAUCUGAUUUCUGGGAACGUGUGAAGCCUAGCAACAUUGAGAACAAGCCUCAGUGGAUGACUUUUGACGACCAAUGGGUUGAUGAAGUGAGCAGAGCGCUCAAGGCAUGCGCGGUCUUCCUCUGGUACCCUCUCUACUGGCUUGCAUACGGACAGAUGACCAGCAACCUGACCUCCCAGGCCGCCACGAUGGAGUUGCACGGUGCUCCCAACGACAUCAUCAACAACUUGGACCCGCUUGCUUUGAUCAUCUUCAUUCCUAUCGUGGAUCAAUUCUUCUAUCCUGGUCUUCGAAAGCUGGGCUUCAAUUUCACACCGCUGAAGAAGAUCUAUGCUGGUUACAUUGUCGCCUCUCUGUCCAUGGUUUCUGCAGCCGUGACGCAGCACUACAUCUACAAAAAGAGUCCUUGUGGUGAUCACCCGAGCUCUUGCUCCGAGCCGGCUCCUAUCAAUGUGUGGGUGCAGACUAUCCCGUAUGUGUUGAUUGCCUUUUCGGAGAUUUUCGCCUCCAUUACCGGAUACGAGUAUGCGUAUACCAAGGCCCCCAAGAACAUGAAGAGUUUGGUCCAAUCCAUAUACCUGUUCAUGAACGCCAUCUCGUCUGCCAUCCAGGAAGCCCUGACGUCUUUGUCUGCUGAUCCUCUUCUGAUCUGGAACUAUGGUUUCGUUGCCGUUCUCGCCUUCAUCGGUGGUAACCUCUUCUACAUGACCCACUACAACCUGGACAAGCAGGAGGACGAGCUCAACAAAAUUGAAGCGUCGACUUACCUGGGCCGUGGUCCUCAGGCUCAGAACGAGAAGACCGACCCGGAGCUGUAG